CACUGCGGGCACGGGAGUAGAGUCCGGAGAUGAACCCUGUGUGGACUGGCAGCGUGCUGAUAGUCACGAUUGUCGUCGUCGGCACUGCGGCGAAGGCUGGACCGUACAAGGAGCACGUCUUUAGAACAAAGGUUGAUCAUUUCGGCUUCCAUAACAAUGAUACAUUCGAAAUGCGCUACGCCGUCGCCGAUCAGUUCUGGGACAGCAAGAGUGGACCAAUAUUCUUCUACGCUGGGAACGAGUUCUUCAUGGAGAGCUUCAUUGAAAACACGGGCCUCAUGUGGGAAUGGGCGCCCGAGAUGAAAGCGCUGAUCAUAUUCACUGAACACCGGUUUUACGGCAAGUCGAUGCCCUUCGGUCAAGAAUCACUAAAGGGGCUUCCUUAUCUGGGCUAUCUGACGGCAGAGCAAGCUCUGGCCGACUACGCCGAUUUGCUCAUCCACAUCAAGGGCACGCUCCCAGGAGCAGCAAACUGUCCUGUAGUGGCGUUCGGCGGCUCGUACGGGGGAAUGCUCGCCGCUUGGAUGCGAAUGAAAUACCCUCACCUUGUCACGGCUGCGCUUUCGAGCAGCGCGCCCCUCCUCAUGUUUCCGGGACUCUCCCCGUGCUCUGCUUUCAAUCGAGCCAUCACGUACGCCUUCGAACAAGAAGGACCGCUCUGCACCGAGGCAGUCCGAAAGUCGUGGGCCAUUAUUGAAUCGAAGUUCAAUUCAGAAGAAUCGGUCAAUGCUUUGCGCAACAAGUUCAAGCUGUGCCAAGAGCUUCGCUCCCCCGACCACGUCAGGCUACGAGACUGGCUGCACGACGUUUACAUGGUGCUGGCCAUGCUGAACUAUGUAGACGCUUCGACCCUUCUGACCUCUCUUCCUGCUCAUCCUGUCAGGGUAUCCUGCAAGUUCCUUCAAAGAGGCUUCACUAGCGACGAAGCCAUCGUGGACGCCGUCGCCCAGACGGUCAACCUGUACUUCAAUGGCACGGGGACACGUAGCUGCAAUGACCUCGACAUCUUUGACCUGCAGAAGUCCUGGAGAUUUCAGGAGUGUACCGAACUGACAAUGCCGACCUGUAGCGACGGCGUCACAGACAUGUUCUACUCUCGCGUUUGGAACAGCACGGAGUUCGCCCGGAAAUGCGAGAGAAAAUUCGGCGUUCGGCCCGACUUCUACCGCGGCGUUAUGUCUUUCGGCGGGAAGAACGUUGGAGCGGCGUCUAACAUUGUGUUCAGUCAUGGAGACUUGGAUCCGUGGUCCUCCGUGGGCAUCCGGGUUUCUCCGUCCGACGACCUGCCGGUGAUCACGAUCUCGGGCGGCGCUCACCACAGCGACCUCAGGUUCUCGACGGACAGUGACCCGACAUCUCUGAGGGUUUCUCGGCAGCUGGAGAAGGCGCACGUGCUCCGGUGGCUUGAGAAGGCGGCGAUCUCCGAGGCCAAGGAUCGAAUCUCCAGCGCUCUGCAUGGGCACUCACUGUUCAAGCACUUCUUUUGAA